GGGCCGGUGGGCGGCAGCAACCCGGACCCAGUGGCCGGCUUCAUUAGCUGGUGCCGGCGGAUGGGGCUGGAGCUGAGUCCCAAGGUGAGUGUGGGUGGGCGGGCUGUGGAUGGAGGAAGCGCGAUGGGGCACGGGGCUACUUUGACCGGUCCCUCCCCUGCUCAGGUGGCAGUGAGCCGGCAGGGCACGGUGGCAGGCUACGGCCUGGUGGCCCGGGAAAGCGUGCAGCCCGGAGAGCAGCUGUUAGCGGUGCCGCGGGCCGCUCUCCUGUCACAGCACACCUGCUCAAUCGGCGGCCUGCUAGAGCGAGAGCGAGGCGCGCUGCAGAGCCAGUCCGGCUGGGUGCCGCUGCUGUUGGCCCUGCUCCAUGAGCUGCAGGCCCCGGCCUCCCCUUGGAGCCCCUACUUUGCGCUCUGGCCCGAGCUAGGCCGCUUGGAGCACCCCAUGUUCUGGCCACAGGAGGAGCGCCGGCGCCUGCUGCAGGGCACAGGCGUACCUGAGGCGGUGGAGAAAGAUUUGGCCAACAUCCGCAGCGAGUACUAUUCCAUCGUGCUGCCCUUCAUGGAAGCCCACCCUGAUCUCUUCAGCCCCAGAGUUCGCUCUUUGGAACUCUACCACCAGCUCGUGGCCCUCGUAAUGGCAUAUAGUUUUCAGGAACCACUGGAGGAGGAUGAUGAUGAAAAGGAGCCAAACUCACCUUUGAUGGUGCCUGCUGCAGACAUGCUAAACCACUUAGCCAAUCACAAUGCCAACCUAGAAUAUUCUGCAAAUUAUCUUCGGAUGGUGGCCACUCAGCCCAUUCCUAAAGGCCAUGAGAUUUUCAACACUUACGGGCAAAUGGCUAAUUGGCAACUGAUUCAUAUGUAUGGUUUUGUCGAACCAUAUCCUGACAACACAAAUGACACAGCUGACAUUCAGAUGGUGACAGUUCGUGAAGCAGCAUUACAGGGAACAAAAGUUGAAGCUGAAAGACUUCUACUAUAUGAGCGCUGGGAUUUCUUAUGCAAACUGGAGAUGGUAGGGGAAGAGGGAGCCUUUGUGAUUGGGCGGGAGGAGGUGCUGACUGAAGAGGAACUGACCAUCACACUAAAGGUACUAUGCAUGUCUGCUGAUGAGUUCAGAAAGUUUAAAGACCAGGAUGGAUGGGGAAACGGUAAAAGGGAAGAAGACAGCCUGACAAUUGCAAAUAUUCCCAAGCUAAAAUCAUCAUGGAGACAGCUUCUUCGAGACAGUGUUCUGUUGACCCUGCAAACCUAUGCUACAGACUUAAAAUCUGAGCAAGAUUUACUCAGUAGUAAGGAAAUCUACGCCAAGCUCAGCUGGAGGGAACAGCAGGCCUUACAGGUUCGCUAUGGUCAGAAGAUGAUUUUACAUCAGUUGUUGCAACUGACAAGUUAGCAGGAUGUCUAUGGUCUGAAGGAUCAGCAAUAAGAACUUUAUUCUAAGCUGAUGUUCACUGAUGCUUGAGAAGGAGGAAAA